UAAUGCCAAGGAAAUUUCAUGAGAGUUUAAUUACACAGUGACAGUGACCCACUCAAAUCAUUUAAUUGAUCCACUUUCUUAAUAGAAACCUCUCUACUCACAAGUCUCUCUACACUCAGUAACUCCUUACCCUUCUUCCUUCAAAGAAGCUACCAAGCUUUCAAUCUCUUCUAUGGUCAUCCCAAAUGUCUCCUUCUCCUCCCCUUCUUCUUCCCAUCCUUGUAAUCAUGACGUGUUUCCGAGUUUCAAAGGGGAAGAUAACCGCAAUACCUUUACCGAUUACCUACAUCAUGCUCUCUUUGAAAAGGGAAUCGAAACCUUCAAAGAUAACGUGGAUCUUCGGAAGGGAGACAAAAUCUCCCCCGCGCUUUUGGAAGCCAUCGAACAAUCUAAGAUUUUCAUUAUCGUCUUCUCUAAGAACUAUGCCACUUCCACUUGGUGCUUAGAUGAACUCGUCAAGAUUCCCAAGUGUCGAAAAUCAUUUGGCCAAAUGGUUUGACCCAUUUUCUAUGACGUGGAUCCUUCAAAUGUGUGGAAACAGUUUGGAGAAGUGAUGUAUACGUAACUAAAGUUUUGGAAGCAAGCGAUUUUGAUGCAGUUAUUGGAAUACAAGUUCUCAUUGAAAGAUCUUUGGUGCAUAUUGGAUACGAAAACGAAUUGCAAAUGCAUGACUUGAUGCAGUUUGGGGAACAAUUGAUGGGUAGGAAUAUUGUUCAUCAAGAAUCUCCCAACGAGCCAGGAAAGCAAAGCCGAUUAUGGUCUCAUGAGGAUAUUCUCCACAUUCUAAUUGAAAACAUGGGAACUAAUGCAAUUCAAGGCAUAAAGCUAGAUUUGCUCGGGCAAAAACAUAUUUUGUUGAAUCCUAGAGCCUUUACAAAAAUGAAAAGGCUUAGACUGCUUAUAAUCUGUCAUGCAUGCUUUUCAGAGGGUCCUAAAAGUUUAUCUAAUGAGCUAAGAUUGCUUGAUUGGGCUGCAUACCCGUCACCAUCUCUGCCGUCCAAUUUUCAUCCUCAAAAACUUGUUACUCUCAACAUGUAUCACAGUAAAAUCAAGCAAAUUGAAGGAAUAAAGGUAAAGUUAUGAUCUAAAUAUUUUAUCUCUUUUCUGGAUCUUAAAAUAAGAAUUCAGAUGUCUGGAUCAACUUUUCUUUUAAAAAAUUUACCUAUAAAAAAGAAAUUAAAUGGGUAUUUCCUGGAAGCCGAUACAUUGGUCCUUUCACCUUUAUUUUCCAGGUUUGUGAAAUUUGAGAAAAAUAAAUUUUUCUUGCUGUGAAUACUUGAAGUGCAUCCCCGAUGUCUCAAUGAUGGCAAAUCUUGAGAGCUUGGAUCUUAGAGGCUGUUGGAAUUUAGUUGAGGUUCAUCAAUCUAUUGGAUUUCUAAACAAACUCUAUAGUUUGGAUGUUAGAAAUUGCUCUAAACUUAGACAUCUUCCUCACUUGAAGUUGCCACGCCUUCAAUUCCUAGCAUGUCAUGUUGGCACAAGUAUUGAGAAAUUUCCAAAUAUUGUGGGAGAAAUUCCUUAUUUAUGGAAAAUUCUUUUUAUCGAAAGUCCCAUUCAAGAACUGCCUUCAUUAGUUGAAUAUCUCAUUGGGCUUGAAUGGAUAAAAAUACAUUCAUGCAAGAAGCUUAGAGAUCUCCCUAGAAGCAUUUCUAAGUUGCCGCGUCUCAAGUGUCUUUGUCUUUGGGGUUGCACAAACCUUGGAAGGUUUCCAAAAUCGUCGUCGUCAUCAUCAUCAAGAAGUUCGGGCUGGCUGGCUUCAUUAAAGAGGAACAAAACUAAAGAUAUGAGGCUCUCUGUUGGGUUUCCAUCUUUGACAGAGUUGGACAUCUCUUACUGUAAUCUAGCAGAAGUUGAUUUCCUCGAGAGUCUUCAUUGCCUUUCCAUGCUAAAAUUUUUGGAUCUAUCAAGAAACAAUUUCGUUAGCAUCCCUGCAUGUCUCACUAGAUUUACCCAUUUGCAAUCCCUUGGAUUGAAGGAUUGUGAGGGGCUUCAACAAAUGAAUGCAAAUAGUGGUGGCAAAUCCUUCAUCGAUAAUUUAACGAUGAUGAUUCCUGUGGUAUAUAGAUUCUGUGGAAAAAUGGGAAUUAGAUUGAAAGUUGGAGGAAGGGAGUUACCAAAAUGGUUUAGCCAUAAAACUAGGGAGAAUGAGAUGUGUUUCCGAAUGCCUUCACCUAAAAAAGCCAAGUUAGCAGGUUUGGUUAUCGGUAUUGUGUUGAAAUUGGAUGCUUUUAGAGAGGCGCCCUGUCAUGACAACAUGAUCAGGGUCAAUAUCAAUGGUCGAUUGUAUGAAUGGAUACAGAUAUACCCCCGCAGAGUAGUGGAAUCAGAUGAUCUCAUGUGGCUGUUGUGUGUUCCACGUGGUAACUUGAAGGGGCAGGGUGAGACCAAUAUUGGGGAUUACUUUCGAGUUUCACUUGAUUUUCUAGUCAAAGGCAGAAUAGAGGACGGGGAUAAAUUUAGUAAAAGAUUGGGGGUCCAUUUUGUAUUCAACAACACGGAUGAUGAUCUAAGGGUAAUCCGAAAUUACUGUUCUAAUUACAGAAGUUGCCAAACACAGUUGAAGAAGAAGAAGAAGAAGAAGAAGAACAAUAAAUGUUGCCAACCACGACAGAUGAAGAUGAUGAAGAAUAAGAAAUGAGUGAAUUUUAUGAUUUAAGGACUUUUAAAAAACAUUCAUUAAACUUAUUUAUUUUGACGUAUCAGUGUUGAAAUCUUAUUAUCUGUUUUCUUUA